UACAGUGAUACUCGGCCGGAGGAACAAAGCGCCGGGGUGACGACUAAGAGUAUACAUAGGGGCGUUCACAAUCAUACCAAAUGCUUGUGUCAAUCUCUUAAAACUCACUUCUGUCCACUGAAACGAUUCAGUCUUCAGUUUUAGCGCCAAGUUGCAAUGGCAAGCUUCGUCAGUCUAGCCUGUUGCUUGAAGGCCUGUGUGCUGUGUCUAAUGUGCACAGCUAUGGUAUCCGAAUGCACCAAAUUACUGGGAAAGGAAUUGCAAAACUCUCGACCCGGUUUUAAAGUCAUAACAGAAGGAAAAAGUGUCGGCGCAGACGCAGCUAUUGUCACAUCUCAACAGCUGGAUACGAAGGAUAUUAGUCCUGAAGAUCACCUGUCCUGUCGGCAAUUCUUUAAGAGGGAGAUAUGUGACGAGUGCUUUAUAGAGAACAACAGUGUUUCUAGCAACGCACAACUCGGCGGCACAGCCAGCCGGCGAGAUGGCCCAGUGGCCCCCGCCACUAUCAACGAGCUGGCUCGCGUGGGCUCGGUACUCGUCUCCAAACUCCAACAGGGAACGUGCGCGUUGGGCCGGUCCACCGUAGGAAGAGUGCGCAGGUCGGUCGUGGUCGGCGACAUAGAUGCAUCCUUGUUUGUCGAAGCGAUCUACGAAAAGUACGGCACUUCAGGUGUUAUCAAUGAAGAUCAGUUUGACAGUCUACUCCAGGAUCUAGGUGUCGGGAAGCUAAUGGCUACUACUACCGCACAGUCGCCGACAAACCAUUCAGAUUCAGACGAUGAUCAUACUGCCAUUAAACAAUGCUUCUUGGCCGACGAUCUAGUGGCCAUCUUCAACGCGAGCAAGGGUAUUCCAGAGGAGAGAUUUGCAUCAAUCUGCCCGUCUCUCAUCCAGCAGAUCACUCAGGGGUGCGUCGCCCCUGUUACCCCACCAACAGAGCUAGAUCUAAAAAUGUAUGCCUGGGCUACCAUAGCCGUAGCCUCUAUCACAAUACUAUCCAUGCUGGCCAUGAUAGCCGUACCCACUCAUGGCUCCAGGUUCUACGCUGCUGUUAUGCAGCUGUUCGUAGCCCUAGCCGUAAGCUCGUUGUCCGGGGACGCCUUGCUGCAUCUCCUACCUGAGGCUCUAGGCAUCCACGGCAUGCCCAAGACGGAGGGUCAGCCCAACCACAUCCUCAUCACCCUGACUGUCAUCCUCGCUGUUUACUUCUUCUUCGUGUUUGAGCGGUUGAUGUCACUCUGUCUAAAGGGGAAGCCCCACGGCCACGGUCACGUCCAUUCUCGUCCCAGGCGAGAGACUUUCAUCGAAGACGACGAAUGCGGGACGCAUCUUGAUGCGAUGAAGGAAGUCGGCGAGAAAUACCAUCACGAGAGCACGAAAACUGAUGAAAACCACGAUGGAAAGCAGGAUGAUCAGGACACGAUAUCAAACAAAGAGGUGGAGGAAACGACAACCAAGGAUAUGAAAUUGGACAAAGACAAAGAAGCCGCCUCUGAAUUACCAAAAUCUCAACAGACAAUAUUUGGACUGAACAUGCUGUCAGUCAUGGUGUUAAUUGGGGACGUAGUCCAUAACAUCACUGACGGUAUAACCAUUGGUGUGUCCUUCGUCAACGGUCCCUUCGCUGGUAUCUCGACGACCAUAGCCGUCUUCUUCCACGAGGUUCCCCAUGAAAUCGGUGAUUUUGCUGUGUUGCUUCGGAGCGGUGUUUCAUUCAGGAAGGCCAUGCUGUGUAGCCUGAUCAGUAACAUGAUAGGCUUUGCCGGGCUCUAUGCCGGGCUCCUCCUGGGCAGCGAGAAUGUCAUCCAGAGGUGGAUAUUCGCCGCUACCGCUGGAAUGUUCCUCUAUAUAGCUUUAGUCAGCCUGGUUCCGGAGAUGAACCAACAAGCGGAAGAGGCUGAGCGAAACCCCUGGAGGGUCUUCUUGAGACAUAACAUCGGGUUGCUACUAGGCUGGACCGUCAUGUUGGCACUUGGGGUUUACGAGCAAUACACCGAAGAUUUGUUUUAAAGACAAGUACUGUACCUUAGGCGAUGGCUCCGCUCAAUGAAAGCUACAAUCCUGGCCAAUUUUUGCUUGGCCCCAACCCCCUGGCUACCGCUGAGUGUUGUCUUUCUUGACACGGUGUGCUCCAUCAGCACAUUGACCGAGGGAGCGGGGGAGUGGGUGACCGUGGGAGGCUAAGGAAGUGUCCCCACCAUUUUGGCCGGGAUUAUAGAUAGAUAACCACUAUAUCUGGUCAAAACUGCAGCUUAAGAGAAAAUGUAUUUGAAGUAUAUGCUGAAAGACACAUAGGAUCAUCAUUGCAUUUAUUCAAAAAGUUACAUUCAAAAACUUUACUUGUAUUUAAGAUCGUACUGGCACUAAACACCCCAUGAAAUUGUUCCAUAUGGCUUACUGUCAUUUAAAUGAAAUCAAAAAAUGUAGGUGAUUUCCAACAAUCGGUCAAUUGACAGAUUUUUUGGAAAUAUUAGUUUAUAGACGAAAUCGUAUUUCGUGAUCGAAAGGUUGUGCAUGGUUUCCACUAUUUUCUCAGAAAGAGUAAAUUAAAAACCAGUGAGUUGAACUUUAACAGGUAAGGCUGCCCCCUCCACCGUUUGGAUGCGCUACUGGACAUCGUUUAGGCUCUUAAUGUAUUUCUCUAAAUCAUAGAAUGAUGAACCAUUUGAAUGAUUAUCAGUUGCAAUCAGGCAUUCCUAGAAUUUUGUAUCAAUUAAUUUUUUGAAAUAUAUUUUUAAACGUUUACAAUAGGUAAUCUCAUUACCUGUAGUCAAAAGUCAUUUCAUUUAUGAAAAUUCAACCAAUUACAUUGUUUGUUUUCUCUUUAAUACAUGUGCAUGCUAAUAUAAUUCACAUUUAUACUAUGAUUAGAAAUGAUAUGUACUACAAUUAAUAGGAGUUGUUAAAGUUCUUGAAAUUUAAAACAAUCCAAACACUUUUUUGGCAAAGUUAUUUUUUUCCUUCGUAAAAUUUACCUUUCUGAACUUAAGAAUAUUUGUGAUCAUAUAGCCAAACUACAUGGACUUACAGUACACAGUUAACUGAAGAAAUAAUAAAACACAUUACACAGUUCUUAAAAAUAUUCCCAAAAAUAAAAUAUUCCACCAGUUGACAUAUAUUUUAAAUUGUAGGGAUAAUUUCUGUACAAACGAAAAAAUGUUUCAUACUUGUUUUUAACAACCAUGCAUGUAAAUCAACCCAACCACUAGUUUACAUGACGUUUUGGCUGUAAAAAAAACAUUUAAAACUGACCUUAACAUAUCUAUACUUAAGUAAACUGGCCUAAUUCUUACACACAUUUGAUACAAGGCAGCUGAUUGUCGUGACGGUGGCUAAACACCCCUAACCCUCUCACUGACCAAUAUAAAUGAUUUAUGAAAUAGCAAAGAAUUAAAAAAUAUUAUCACGUUUCUAGAGUAAUGUCACCAUUACACCUCUUGAUCAGUUGCUUUAGGCCCUUUGGACUUUCAUGCAUUGACUGCGACCCCCCGCCCCCCUCCGAACAAAUCUUGGAACAUCCCAGUCAUUACUUCUGCAAUACCCCCUGAUUCACCACUGUCUUACAACCGUAUGCCAACUUGUAUUCCUCUCAAGCUGCUACAAGUAUGUACCAGAAUUUAAUUUGGGUCAUGUUUAAUCAUACUAAGAUGAGAUGGCAGCUUUGUUGCCAUGGCAUCCGCAUCAGGGUGGUACUUCCUAAACUUGAGCAUCUGACCCCUGGACAAUGCAUCAGCAGCCCGGUGAAGCGGGACACACUUUUUAUCCUUCCCACAUAACAACUUCAAAUCCAAAUCUAUCUCAAAGCUCAGCGCCCUUGAUUUAAU